UAGGCAACUAAAACACGUCUACCCGCUCUUUAGCGUGACUCGUCGUCCACACUACUAUACAAAGCGCAAACCCACCAUUCUAUUUUUAAAGUAUUUUUACAUUUUACAUCCAUCCAUCUAAAGAAAAAAAAUUUAAAAAGUAAAAUAAAAUUUAAAAAAACUCAGAUCGAUUCCGACAAAUGGGCACAGUCCUUCUUGCCUGAACUUCCUUCUCAUCCACCUCGGAAGCAGACGAAAUAACAGUCACUGCUAUCGGAGGUCCAAGCGCGUGCGCCGAAAACUGCGACGGAGCUGUUUCCGCCGCGGCGACAUCUGAUCAGAGCUGUUUCUGUGGGAAUAACGAUCUAUUUUUUCGGUUGUUAAUUUGAAGAACCCUUUUUUCACGUACCAUGAAUCCCAUGUUAAUCCGUGGGCUGCCAUUUUAAUCAGCUGUUUCUGUGAGGACUGAUCCUUGAUUUGUUGACCACGAAUUGAGAUGAUGAUGAUGAUGUUGUUGGUGGGGAUUUGAGAACUGGAUCUGAAACCUAAGAAAUACCUUCUUCUUCUCAGCUGAAAGAAAAAGGUGGAAAUUUCGAAGAAGGAAGUUGCUUUGUUGGUUGGUUGUGAAUUUGAAUUGGUUGACUGGUUGGUUAUGUGCGCAUUAUUUGUAUACACACUCAUGCUUGUUGUUUAGGUUAGAGAAGAACUGGUUUAGAAGAUGCAUGCGAGGAACAGAAGUCCUGGUAAUGGAUACAGAGCUGCUCAUGCAGUGGGGAUGGGGGGUGUAGGAGCAACUGCAUCUAGGGUUUCACCCGAAUCUUCCAUGAGAAGUCAUGGAGGAGGGUAUAGUUCUGAAUAUAGGAGCUAUAAUAGAGGUGGGUUUGGACGCGGGCAAUCGAGGCAAUUCAAUAGUAGGCCUCCGGCUCCUCUGCCACACAAGGGGGGUGGUGGUGGUGGUGGAGACAUUUUUAUGGAAGCUGGUAAGCUAGCCGCUGAGUAUUUGAUUGCCAAGGGUUUACUGCCUGCCAAUGCACUUUCAGGGAAGUGGCAAAACGGUAAUUUGAAGAACCUCAUUGGUAGGGCGCAAGAUGCAGAGAGCGGGCGUGCAUCGGCACUUUCUCGCUUAGGAGAAGCUGGUGUAGGUUCUGACUCAGGGCUACCUGGGAGGAGACGAUCCGCGGAUGAGUAUGGUAAUGAGGGAUCGAAAGGUGGUUAUAGAGGUAGGAAAAGACCAGAUGAAUCAUCCAAGAAUUAUGGUUCUGACUGGAACCGGGAGAUGGGAAGAAGUGGAUCAUGGUCGGAAAGAUCUAGGGCUUCUGAUGGAGAUGAUGAGAGUAGUGAUGUCCUCUCGAGGCAUAGGGAUGAUCGGCUUCAAGCUAAUAAUAAUGAGAGUGGGAGGGUGUCACGCACUUCUUUGAUUACCGAGUUAGCACCGGCAAGUGAUGUAGUUUUUGCAGAAGAAAGUGAAGUUGCUCGAUCUCCACAUUAUACAUUGGAAAAACUCAAGUCCGAGGACAAUGCAGGCGCAGAGGAAAGUGUUUCUUCUUCCAGUAAAAAGGAUAAGGAAACUGAUGAGAAAGAUGAUGACACUAAAGUACUCAGUAUACAAGCUGAGAAAAUUCAGGACGUCAGAAAGAAUGAUGAAUUGAAGGCACAAGACCCUAAGGAUGCUGUGACAAUCAUGGCGUUGUCUUUGGAUGAGGGAAGCCAGGCAACAAGUGAAAAUACCACUACCGAUUUACUAAGCCUUUGUCGUUUUGCUAAAUUUCCUACAAGAACCCGUUCCUCCAUGGCAUUUAGAGUUUCAAGAGUUGAUACAGAUCAUCCUUCGAUCGUGAAUGAUAAUGCCCAUGAGGGUGAACCUUCUGAAGGGUCUGGGGCUUGUGAUGAAAAUGUAACUGCUUAUAAUAUUUCUGGAGAUGGUUUAGGGUAUCAGAUAAAAGAAUCAACUGUUAUCAACUUGGAUAGACCAAGCAUGCCAGCUGCUGAACAUGAUUCUGAACUAGAUGGAAGUUCUGUAAGAGAUGAUGAACUACCUGAUUUUGGAAGGAUCAACGACACCAUGAUUAUGGAUCGUGGUGAAAAACGUGUACUAGAUCAAGGUAGCGACAGUUCUUUGGGAAACAAAAAACUCCGAGAAUCACCUCCCUUGGAAGAUGCUGGAUCUAAUGCUGGUCUAAGCCUUUUGGAUCCUCCAGUUAGGAGGUCGGUUGUAGAGGAUGUAAUGAUGUCACAAGGUGGGGCUAGUAGUUUGCCAUUGGAUGUUACUUCAUACCCUAAAAGCGACAAUGAACCAGACACGGGGCAUACAGAAGAGAAACAGCUUUUACCUGGUUCAUUUAAGACUUUAGACUUGAAUCUCAUGGAAGCAGCCUCUGAACCAAGUCAUCAUCAUCAGGACAAUAAUGACACGGUUCUUUCCUUUUCGCCCCCUAGGGGAAAUGGGAUGCAAGCCGUUUCUGUUAAUAUAGAUUUGUCCAUGCAUAAUAAUGAUAAUGCCAAGGUAGUACCCAAUAGGUACGGUAAAUAUAAUCUUGAUGGCAGAGACAUUGAAGUGAUUGAUUUGGAAAAUGACUCAGUACACGACGACAGAGAUUUGACUACUAAUUCAGAUGGAAGGAAUGAGAAUAUCUUCACAGGCCUGGGUGGCUUUUCUGGCAAUGCACCUAAUGCGAAUGAAAUCCCUGAUUCCUCAGACAGUGGUUAUGGACUUAUGAUAUCAGAAUUGAUGGGAAAUGAUAUACCCAAUUGUUCUUCUUCUGUACCCACUGACGUAGAUGCUCUGCACAAUGAUGAUAUGGGCCUUGAUAAUGGCGAGGUAUCCGAGCUUCAUUUGUUUUGAACACUACAACUAAAGCCCUUUAUCCCACUAUAUGGGGUCGGCUAUGUGUUCUGAACAUCAUUUGUUCUGAACAUGAUGAGAAAUUUUUUUUGGACCUUAAUUAGGCACCUUUUGCUUUUCACUAGUCAGUGUCUCUUCAUUUACAUUGACAGCUGCUGUAAUUUUGCUGAUUUGUUUCAGGGGAUUCUUGGUGUUGAUGAUCCCAUAUAUAUGUCCCUCGGAGAAAUACCGUUAAGUAUGUUGGAAAUUUAGUUUCUGUAUUCUAUUCAUUUUUUUAUGAAGCUUUGCCAUUGGUGCUAACCUGUUAUGGAUGCUAUCUUUACAUUAUGAUUGUGCAUAGCAGGAAAUGAAACUUUCUAAUAACUGUUUUCUCACUAAAAUAAGGAGCAUUUUAACCAUCUCUGUUUCAUAAGAUGUCAAUAAUACUGGACCUUCUCUUUUAUUUUAUUUGAUUAUUACCACAUAGAAAGAGUUAUCGAGAUUGACCUGAUGACUAUUGGAACAUAUUAUUCAUCUUUGGUGGUUUGACUUAAUAGGCUAUGAUUUCCAUAGUAACUUCUUUUUUGUUUAUAACAAGCUUUAUUUUGUAUGUCAUCUCUCAUUUUUUUUUCCCUCUCUUCAUUGAACAUCCCUUGAAGUGAGCCAAUAGAUUAUGUCAUUCUUGGUUAUGAAACUUGGAUAAAUGAUCCCAGUAGUUGUUAUAGUUGGUGUCCUUUUUGAUUUGGUCGUUGACAUUGAAGAAUUAAGUCCUGAACUGCGAUUUAGUGCUAUACAUAUUCCCCAACCUUAUUUUAGUCCUGUAGUUGCACGGUUUUGUCAAAACAAAUGCCUUUAAGUUUACAUCACUACCCUCAGUCAUACUAUGGGUUUUGACUGAACUCUCCAAUUAAUGGAUGUUUAGGGACUCUUUAUAGCUCUAAACUUAAAGUUCAUGGGCCUAAUUGUGAUCUUUUGAGGAUUAGGAAUUAAAUCGAGUGGGGGUCCAGAUGGUGUGAUAUUCACCGUAAAACUUAAUGCUGAUUGUAGUAAAGAUGUUCUCGCUAGUUGCUGAAAGUUUAUUGCAGAACUGCAUCCAUGUGAAUCCAUUUUCUCUUCCAGCUAAUGAGGUACUAACUCCGAAGGGAGCUUCUUUUCUGCUGGAAAACUACAGUAGCUUAGGCAGCAUGCACAUUUACAAACUUGCUUAUUUCCAAAGACUAUGUUAGUUUGCUGUCUAGUGCUUGUUAAGACACAUCACCCUUUCACCUUCUGUGUAGGAUAUUCCAGCCAUACAUCACCAUUCAUGUCAAUGUUCUCUGGAAACUGUAGGUCAAAUGUAGAAGAAGUUUAUAUGCAGUAGUAUUAUUACUGUUCUUUUCUAAGGGCAGUCUCGGAUGGUUUUGUAGGCUUUUUGAGGGGCGGUUGGGAGCAGCCGACACAAGAUUACGGGAAGCCAUUUUGAGCCAUUACUAUAGUCUGUCUCCUGCUAUAUUGAUGAAAUGUAGAAAUUGACAUCGAUUGUUAUAAGGUGUGGACAUUUGGUAUAAGGCCUCAGUUAUCUGUCAUAUUACCAGGCAAAAUCGUCAUAAUUUAGCUGACAUUCGUAAGAAGAUCUUGAUUGUAAUAGAUGUUAGUGUAUCUUAGGCUUGGGUAGAAUCUGACAGAUAUAGAGUGAAUGUAAUAAUAGACCUGGGAAAAAACAUUUAGUGAUGGAAUACGAGAUGGCGUAGACGCGCUUAGCGCACGCCCUCUAUGUUCUUAUACACUCAAUAGAACGAAGAGUGUUAUGAAUAUGAAACAAGAAACUGCAGAAUAAGAUUUGUGGGCGCCAUCCUUGCACAGGGCCGUGCUAAUCUUCUGUCGUUCCAAAUCUUAUCAUAUGCUUGCGGAGUAAUGAGAUAACUAAGUUGUUAUGGACAAAUUGAUCAAAGGAUCAAAUUUAUUUAUUAACAUUAUUAUUUUUUGUUUUUGC